GUGUGCUUUAAUUAGAAUUAUCCGAGCUACACAUAUCGCGGAGGAUGUGUAAAUAAGUACACAAUUACAAGAAGACAGUGAUGCAUGCCAUGAGUUCCAAGCCUCUGAGAGUUGUGCUGGCCGCCAGUGCUAUUGUCAAUUUGAUAUUACUGUUCCAAGUCAUGGUGUGGAAGUGUACCGUAGAGACGACAUCAUCUGACCUAGCCCCCAUCCCUAAAGUGAUCCUCUCACCCCCUAUACCUAUUCGACCACCACCGGCACCAGAGAAGACACAGAAUGGAAGUCUAGAAUCAAUCAUAUUUGUUGGAGGAGUACCUCGCAGUGGUACAACUCUUGCUCGAGUCAUGCUAGACGCACACCCGGACAUACGCUGCGGUGAGGAGACUCGUGUGGUACCACGUAUCAUCAGCAUGAGAUCUAAAUGGAACAAAGCUGGUAAGGAACAUGAGAGGCUGCUCGAGGCUGGACUGAGCGACGCUACACUGGACCAAGCCACUAGGAACUUUGUGGAUUACAUCAUCACACAUCACGGAGAGCCUGCCAAGCAUCUGUGCAACAAAGACCCACUCCUGCUCAACUAUAUGAAUGAUCUGCAGAGACUGUACCCAAAGGCAAAGUUUAUUCUAAUGAUUCGUGAUGGACGUGCAGUGGCCCACUCAAUAGUGACCCGCAAUGUCACUAUAUCAGGUGUCAACAAUAAGGACUUUGUAUCAGCCGCUAUGUUCUGGAAUAGAGUGGUGCAGAGGAUGACCAGUGAUUGCAAGGUCCUGGGCAGAGAGGUGUGUCUACCGGUCCACUAUGAGGAGUUGGUGGCAGACCCCAAGGCUAUGAUGACUAGGAUACUGAGCUUCCUAGGAGUGGACUGGCAUGACAAUGUUCUGCGUCAUCAGGAGUUCAUCAACAAAGGAGUCUCUCUAUCAAGAUUGGAGCCAUCGUCCAAUCAGGUGAAGGAGGCUGUCAACACGGCCCCAGUGGACAAGUGGAGGGAGAAGCUGCCUAUACCACUACAGCGGCAGAUCUAUGCCGAGGCCAACAUGCUCAGAGAACUGGGUUACCCUCAAUAAACACAAUACCAAUCAAUGUACAAUCCUUUUUAAUAGUUAUUUUUGUAAAUGUUUUGUGCAAAGAUUCCGAUAAUUUAAAUAAAAGUUUCUGCACUACA